CCCCGCCCGGCCCUGCGCAGCCACGCGGCGGUGCCGGCCCUUUGUUCCCGGGGGUCCGCGGCCGCCGGGAGGCGGCGGGAGCUGCGGCCAGCAGGAUGCCAUGGGGAACUGCUGGGCGCAGUGGUGCUGCGGACUGUUCCUGCGGAGGGAUGCCGGCCGCAUCCAGCGCGGCGGAGGAUCCAAGUAUUUUAGAACCUGUUCAACAGGAGAACACUUCACUAUAGAGUUUGAGAACCUGGUGGAAAGUGAUGAGGGGGAGAGCCCAGGAAGCAGUCACAGGCCUCUGACUGAGGAAGAAAUUGCAGACCUGAAAGAGAGACACUAUGACUCCAUUGCUGAGAAGCAGAGGGUUGUUGACCUGAAGCUUCAGUCAGAGUUAGCCUUACAAGAGGAGAAGUUAAGACUAGAAGAGGAGGCUUUAUAUGCUGCACAACGUCAAGCAGCCAGGGCAGCAAAGCAGAAAAAGCUCUUGGAGCAACGUAGGCAGCACAGGAUAACACAGCAGAGAGCACAUGCCGUUAACAAUGGAGAGUUCCAGAGCUGUGUGGCAGAGGAGGACCUCGAUCCUUUCCUGAGGAAUACAAAAUUCCAGUAUGAAGCUUUCCGAAGCAGCAGGCUUUCAUCUGAUGCCACAGUGCUGACACCCAACACAGAGAGCAGUUGUGACUUGAUGACCAAAACCAAAUCAGUGAGUGGGAAUGAUGACAGCACCUCCUUGGAUUUAGAGUGGGAAGAUGAAGAAGGCAUGAACAGGAUGAUCCCGGUGCGGGAGCGCUCCCGGACGGAGGAGGACAUCCUGCGGGCGGCGCUCAAGUUCAACAGCAGGAAGCCCGGGAGCCACCCGGCCUCGGCCUCCGACGACUCCAACGGGCUGGAGUGGGAGAACGACUUCGUCAGCGCCGCCGCCGCCCUGGACGACAACGGCAACGCCGAGUACGCCGGCUUCGUGAACCCCGUGCUGGAACUGUCGGAGUGCGAGCGCCAGGACAGAUAGUGCAUCCCUGCGUGUGCCCAGUGCUGCUGCAAAGGGAACGGAACCCGCGAGGCCGCUCUGCUCUUUGUCACCUGCUCCCCUUUUCCUGACAGUCUGAAUUCAGAACUAAGUGCAAUUUUAUCGUCUACCUUCUCCACUUUUGUGAAAACUGUUGUGGAUAUUUCUGGGUAUCUGGAUUUAAUAGAAAAUUAUCUGCACUAAAUUGGAGCUUCGUAGCUUUGACUUGUCUAUAUUUUAACUUGACUUUUUUUUUUUUCCGGAUGAUGUUUCUAUUGAUUUUGUUUUAAAAUUCAUCGUUGGCCUAAUAUUUAUCUCAGAAACAGUCCUUUAUAAUUUAAUACAGUCCUCUUUAAUACUUGAAGAUAGAGAAAUAAUUUUUAAAUAUUUCUAUUUCUGUGCUUUUUGACUUGCUCUUCAGCUAUUUAGAGCUGCAAAACAAAUUUGACACAUGGCAAAUUUGCAGAUUUUCCCCUGUCUAGCUUGAAGCCUUCCUAGUCUUCUCUUGUCCUUUUUCCAUUUAUUUUAUUUAUUUAAUUGCUUUAUGCCAAGCAUGGUUAACCUCAAUGAACACAGUAAAACUCAUCAGGUUAGAUAAGGUACUGCCUUGUAUAAUAAUAUGCCAGACUUAGUAAGCGUGUGCUAGAUAGAAAAGAAAAACUAAAAUAUAAAUUCUCGGUAUGUGUCAAUAAAAUGGAAAUUUAUGUGUCAAUAAAAUGGGAAUUUUAACCAGUGAAGAACUGGGAGGACCAAAGUCUUGUUUUCCCAGCCCCCCUGAACAGACCAACCUCUGUUGCUACAUGGUCCUUAAAAUUCUUCAGUUGUGGAAAAUUUAUAAUUGCACUGGACCAGAACAAUUAUGAAAAAGCAACAUCCAGUGAGCAAACAGGGAGGGAUGAUGGCUCUGCUGCUGGCAGGGUGGGAAGAACAAGAACCUAAAGACUGAAUUUUUACAACUGCAUUUUGAAAAGAAAGAAGAAAAAUUAGAAAAAUUCAUGUUUUAACAGUGUGUUAAAGUGCUCUGCCUUUCCUGUGCCUCUCAAGUGGAUGGUUAAUCCUGCCAGUACGGGCUGAAAUCCAAGGAGGUGUUCAGUGACUGCACCGCUGCUGUCCUGUGCUGUGUGGUCUCCCCCAGUAUUCCAUGUCAAUCUUACUUUUUAACAAAAGAGAACCUGCAAAGUUCUUGCAGGUCUCAAGCUUUCCCCAGAGUUUCAAAGUAAAGCCAUUCUACUCUGCCAUUAUUUUGUGCAGCUGUCUCAUUUUUCCAGGGGGAAAAGGGUGACAGGGUUUAACUUUGUUUUGGAGUAAAAAUAACACAUUGUGGUAAAUAAGAAACCUGCUCUGUCAAUCAUCAGAACUGAAUUUGUUGGUGAAAGCUGUGUGAAAAAUGUGGUUUAGCUCAUCUGAAGCUAUCUGGAAUAUUUGGGUGGUUACAGUGUGGAUAAGGAACAGAAAUCCUGCACACUGGGGUUAAAUGUGUACAAGUAACACGAGAGAACAGAUAAAUCCUGUUGGUAACAUUUCAUCUCU